UAUAAGUGACCGAGCCCGUGUUCCCCGAGAUCUGUUGUGAAGAUCCUCAGAUGAAAGAAGUACAAGCUUGGACAAAGCAGGCGAACCUAGGUGGCUCGGAAACUUGAGCAGUGUACAGUCCCCGACCCCCUCAACACCAACAGCCCCACAUCACGAUCGUAUCCAAAAGUCCACCACGGUCAGUUCCAUCGACCAUGGCGCCUCUCAUUACACACGUCUACACGGCGGACCCGUCGGCCCAUGUCUUUGAGGGCAAGCUCUACGUCUACCCGAGCCACGACAUCGAGUCGGGAAUCGAGUCGAACGACAACGGCGACCAAUACGACAUGAGAGACUACCACGUCUUCUCCAUCGACACACUGAAGGGCAUUACCUCGUCCGACACAGCUCCUGAGCCGCCCAAGGUUACCGACCACGGCGCCGUCCUCCGCACCCAAGAUAUCCCCUGGGUCUCAAAGCAGCUCUGGGCGCCCGAUUGCGCUUACAACGCCUCGACAAAGGAGUACAUCCUCUACUUCCCGGCCCGCGACAAGUCCGCCGACGGCCGGUUCCGCAUCGGCGUGGCCGUCGGUCCAACCCCCACCGGGCCCUUCACGCCCGACCCUGAGCCCAUCCCGGGCUCCUUCAGCAUCGACCCGGCGUGCUUCGUCGACGACGACGAGCAGGCCUACCUAUACUUUGGCGGUCUCUGGGGCGGCCAGCUGCAGUGCUACCAGGGCGCCGAGGACGGCUCCGCGUUCGACGGCUCCAAGCUCGGCCCCCAGGAGCCCAGCUCGGACUCUGCCCCGGCCCUGCACCCAAAGGUCGGCGUCCUGGACAAGUCGAUGCGCAAGUUCGCCUCGCCGCCGCGGGACCUCGUCCUGCUCGCCCCGGAGACGGGCGAGCCCAUCAUCUCGACCGACCACGCGCGCCGCUUCUUCGAGGCCGCCUGGAUGCACAAGUACAACGGGACCUACUAUUUCAGCUACUCGACCGGCGACACGCAUUUCCUCGCCUACGCGACGUCGGACAGCCCGCUCGGCCCGUUCACGUACCGCGGCAGGAUCCUCGAGCCCGUGCUCGGGUGGACGACGCACCACUCCGUCGUCGAGUUUGAGGGCCGCUGGUGGCUCUUCUACCACGACUGCGAGCUGAGCCAUGGCAAGAACCACUUGAGGAAUGUCAAGGUCCGCGAGAUCUUCUAUGAUCAGGAUGGCAACAUUGUGUUGGAGAAGCCGUAGGUUGCUUGGGGGAAGUCGCGUGGAUUAGUAAGGAUUGGGAAGCAGGGAGUUAGAAAUUGUUCGGGGAAAAGGAUAUGGCUCCCCGAGCAGAGAUGGAUCUGUGGUUCUAUGCUUUUAGUCUGGAGAUACAGGCAAAGUACAAAGGCUCAAUGUACGUGCUCGGGAUGUGUAUAUAUCGUACACGU